AUGAGCAACAAUAAAAAAGUCCCUUCGAAUGGUCAUCAAUUUCCCCAUUCUAUACCUAUGGAGGGUAGAGCAUAUUUAUCACCUACAUUAUCACCAGUGUUAUUUCAUUUAAAUACACCAGAAGAUACUGCUUUACCACCACUAUUAAAAUUAGAUGAAAAAUUGAAUGGAUUUGUAAUUUCAGCAGUGUCGGCAGCUAAUAACAAUUCAACUAACAAUAAUACAUCCAUUAAUAACAAUUUAGCUUCAACUCAAAGUAGUCUAUUUACCGACAACUCCAAUGGCAAUACUGUAAGUUCUGCUUCUACAACAAUUAAUAGCAGCAAUAUGCCCUCUGUUACCACAUCCUUGUCUAAAUUGACUGAAGUUACUCGUGGCAGAGGUCGCCAAAGAUCAUUAUCCAAUACGAGUGCUGGAAAUGGAGAAACCCCCUUGUCUAUUUUAGCUAGAACCUCUACUUCUCCAAUAAGAUUAGCUGCCGCUGCUUCUACCUCUCCAAUAAGAGUACCACUUACGCCAAACGAUAAUAUUUCUACAGUCUCAACAAAUAAUGGCGGCACCACUCUUAACAACCCGAGUAAUAUAACUAAUAAUAGCAUUUAUAAUCGUAAAAUGUUUACCUCUUCUGAAUAUAUUGGUUUAAAUGGUGCCACUAGUCUGAUACAAAAGGCAAUUGCUUUGUCUAAUGCCAAUUUACAUCAACAAGCCUAUGCUAAAGCAUUGAACAACACGACUACUACUGACACUGAAUUACAGAACUUAACGGAUAUAUUGGCGAAUGCUUUAAAUAUUGAAGAGAGAAAAAAUAAUAGUAACAAUUUACGUAAGAAAAAAACAAAAAGAAAAGUUAAUAGACGUAAAAAUAAUGAGACAAAGACAAAUCUCAAUAACAAUGCCACUGAUAAAAAUAUGAGUGAUGUGAUAUGUUUUGAAAAACAGUCAAUGGGAAUAAUAAGUGAAAAAAUUCCCGUUCAAUUUAAUAAUACUAUUAUUGAAAAUGACAAAGUGGAAAAUGUUAUUAAUAAUGAAGAGGAAGCGGAUCAAGAAAACGCUAAUACUAGCCUCGUUGAGAAAUUUUUGGAUGAAGAACAAAGAACCAUUUUUUUGCACAAUAACAAUACGGAUAUUAACGAUAAUAAUCUCAGAAAUAAUGAUGCUGUUCCUUCCUCUUUUACUGAAAUGAUUAGUGAAAACGGCUUCACUAUUUCAAACGAUACAAGUACUAACAAAUCAGCAAGGAGCAAAGAAAAAAAACGUUACAGUCAUAUAUCGACCCUAUCUUCUGCUACUGCUGUUCCGCCACAAAAUGAAACUUGGGACGAUUCACAACAACAACAAAAGCAAACCCAUGUGCUAGUUAAUAAUGGCAAUUACGACGUCGCCUAUUCUAAUAGUACAUGGAGUGAAUUGCAUCAACAUGAAAUGGAAUUACGUAUGAAGGAGAUGGAAUUGCAUAUACAAGAACUAAGAUUGACCAAUGAACAGUUAAGAUAUGCUAUUCAAGAUCAUAGGUUAAUUCAAGAUAAGCUAAUCUAUGAAGCAUUGCAUGAAACUUUACGAAGCAAGGAAUAUUUGCAAACUAAUAUGGAAAAAAAGAUGAAAGCUUUAGAGAAUAAGAUUGAAAAAUACAAAUUAGUUAUAAAUAAACUGAGUUCCAAUGGUGAUGAGCCUAAGCUAUCACAAGGAACAAAGACCGCAAACAUAGAAAGCAAUGAAACUGGUGUAUUCCGUUUUUCCAGAAUCAAUUCUGCACAAUUAGAGGAUCUAGUUAAAAGUAACUCAGAGGAUGAAACCGAAGGCAAUGAACAAGGGGGAAAAGGUUAUAAUUUGAUUACAGAAUCUUUAGAUGAACCCAACCUAGUUGAAAUAGCUUCAUCUCCUCAAAAGGAAAAAUCCCCUGUUUUACAAGAUAUUUCUAAUAAAAUAUUGCAAUCGCCAAAAAAAUCACCAAAUAAAAAGAUUAAUAAAAAAUCACGUUCUGGUUAUAAAUUGAACCUGCAUAUUAAAUUAGAAGAUUAG